CUCAUCAAUAUUCACGCCUUACAUUCGCUUGUCAUCCAAUCCUUAAGACACUUGUUGUUCUGUCGACGCUAUGAUCAUGAGAGUAUAGUUUGGUGUCUAGCGCGCUAUGGUAAUCUGAUAUUGGGAACCUGAAGAACAGGACACGUCAAAAUGGCAGGCGAGAGGUCUGCGAAGUAUCGGCAGGAGAUUCAGCAGAUGAUGUUUGUGAGCGGAGAGACAGCCGAGCCCAGCGCAGAAACGACAUGGAUGAUUGAGGAGAUUGUCAGAGAGCAAGUCGUUGAGAUGCUUACUCAAGCCACUGGCCUUGCCAACAGACGCGGCUCAAGGUCAAUUUCUAUUGUCGACCUUAUCUUUCAGAUUCGGCAUGACAGAGCCAAAGUAUCAAGACUGAAAACUUUCCUCUCUUGGAAAGACGUACGCAAGAAUGUCAAGGACUCGGACGACAAAGGCGGUGGUGAUGCUGGUGAUGUUGGCGACUUUGACGAGGCCGCUGGUGGUGUGAAUCCUUCCGCUCCACAAAAGACGAGCGGGAACAAGAAGGCAAAAAUGAUCCUACCUUGGGAAGUUCAAUCGUUCUACGCAGAACAAGUCCCAGAGCGAGACGAUGAGGAGGACGAAGAGGAAGAGGAACAGAACGAAGCAACCCUUGCACGCCUGGCUUCUGCUGACGAACGCACGAGAAAUAUGACCAAGGAUGAAUACGUGUACUGGUCCGAUUGUCGACAAGCAAGUUUUACCUUUCGGAAGAACAAGAGGUUCAGAGAAUGGGCUGGCUUCGGAACAAUCAUGGACAGCAAACCAAACGACGAUGUGGUCGACAUUCUUGGUUUCUUGACCUUUGAGAUUGUGCAAACAUUGACUGAAGAGGCACUCAAAGUCAAGGCUGCAGAGGAUCUGGCAAACAAGAAAGCAAACGGCGGUCGAGGUGAUCAAGAAACCAUGAAGAAGCGUAAGAGAGAGGGUUGCAACCUAUUCGAGAUGCCUGAGGAAGGUCGGACACCAGUUGCACCAAGACAUGUCCGAGAGGGCUUCAGGAGACUUCAAGCUGUUCCCAUUCGCUACAAAUUCAUGAGACAAGGCUUUGCAGGGAUGAGGACACCACUGAGGUUGAUAUGAAGUGCUGUCUGUCACAGUAACGGUCGGGGAAGGAGUUCUGGUGUUAUGGAGUGGAAACUCUACAUAGCGAUACCCAUGCAUAUUUGAUCAGUAUUUCAAUGAUGAACAGAACGUCUUUCAUAC